AUGUCCAACAUUCUUUUUAACUCAAACAACAGCCACAAUAACAACCAUCACCUCAAUAUACAUGAGGUACGAAAAUAUAAUUCAGAGUUUUUCAACAAUGAUACCAAAGCAGAACAUCAAAUUGAAAUUUACUUGGAUCAGGAAAAGGCCGAAAAAAAGAUCAAAACGAACAAUCAAAAUUUAAAACCAAAACAAAUUCGUUGGGGUCGUCAAGGAAGGAAUUCAGAGAAUUCAAUUGAGGAUCCUAUUUGGGAGGAGAAGAGCUUGUUUCAAUUUAUGAGCAAUUUAUGCUGCACUGUUUUUAAGUUUUGUGAUUGCCAUCACUCGAGAUUCGGAGACAUGUUGUGGUCGUUAUUAAAGAGUAUUUCAUGCUUUCAAUCACCCUCUAAAAACGAAGGGUUCAAAGAGGGAAAAGUUAAUAAUAAUAGCACAUCGACCCAUCGAGUAUUUAAGGAAUAUUUACAUGUUGUGCUUGAAAGGGAGGCUUAUCAACAUACCGUUGAGCAUGAAAAAUCGAAUCAUAAUAAUUUUACUCAUCGUGUACCCUUAAUUGUAGAAGAAUGCUUGAACAUGUUGGAAGAACAUGCUUCGAAAGAGGGAAUUUUCCGAAUACCUGGUCAUAUUCUUGAAAUUGAACAGAUAAUCUCUGCAGCCGAUUCCAAUCAGCAAUUAAACCUUAAACAGUAUUCAGUUCAUACAGUUGCAAGCGUGUUGAAGAGAUACGUUCGAGAUUUACCAGAUGCUUUAAUUCCCUACGAUAUGUACAGAGAGUGGACAGCUCUUGCCACCAUUCCAAAUCCACACGAAGAAAAGGAGACUCUCCUUAAUUUAUUCGCAAGACUGCCAGACCCUAAUAGGACGUUAUUUAUAAGAAUUUUAAGGCUAUUGAGGAAGGUUUCCCAACCUCCUUGUUUAGCAUCAUCACGAAUGAACGAGUCCAAUCUGGCAUUCAUUUGGGGGAUGAAUUUUUUACGACCUUCUGAUUCAGAAAUUCGAACCGACAUUGGAAAAGUGAGUCAUGCAAUAAUUCUAUGCAUUCGAGAAUACGAGGCUUUACAACAACGUUAUGAUAAGAUGAAUACAAAAAACUGA